AAGAAGAAGAAGAGGAGGAAGUAUUUACAAACACGGGAUGCUGCUGGGGCCCCGGAAACUGCUUAUUUGUGCUAGAUAAUGACCUGGACGCCGCCAUGACCUGGAAACCGGCGAGGGACAAGGAGAAAUAUGGCGUCGCCAUCAGCAACUACUCCGGCGAGGGGGAGCUGUGCAUCAAGCUCUACGUUGGGGACACGGUGCACAUCCAGGAGGAGACAGAGGGAUGGUUCUUCGGCUACAGCUUCCAGAACAGGGCCCUGCGAGGCAUCUUCCCCAAAUCCUUCAUACAUAUCCGAGACUGUGUGGUGGAGAAGAACGGCCUGUCGGAGGAGGUGACCCCAAGGCAGCCGUUCAUCGUGCAAGAGGUCACAUCGGUCCUGAGAGAAUGGGGGAUCCUCCUACGCAAGCUGUACUUGGAAAAGUGCAAGGACUUCACCCUGCUCAAGGACACCAUGUCGGAGCUCAUCAUCCUCCGCGCCAAGGUGCUCUCGGGACAGCUGCCGGGCGACGAGCUAAAGACACUCAAGCAGCGCAUCACUCGGAGCAUCGACCGGGUGAACGCGAAGCUCGGCCUGGACCUGGUGGUGAGGGAUGAAAGCGGGAACAUCCUGAACCCAGACAUAACCUCCGCCGUCAAGCUGUUCCGCCACCACUCGGAAGCCGCCGCCAAGCUGUCCAAGAGAGAGAGCGUCAUCGCCGAGGAAAGCCACACCCGCCGCAAACCACACCUGUCCUGGACCUUCCUUCUGUGCAUCAAGAACAUCAGUAUUAAGAUUCACGAGUACGCCGAGAUCUCGUUAGCUCUCUACACCGGUGACCCUCGGGAAGGCCAGCAUCGCCCCCUCACUGAGUCCUUCAUCAUCCCGUCAACCGGCAACAACCAGGCCAUCCUCGGGGAACUUAAGUGCCUAUUUACGGACCUCAACACACACCUACUAGACAGCAACCAGAUCUGGCUCAUCGGCACAGUCAUCCGCCACGGCUGCAUGGCCAUGAAGGAGAGUGACCCACGCAAGUCUAUGGCUGGCGAGAAACCCAGCACGCCUUCUGCGGACUCCCUGAGAAGACCCUUUGGAGCCAUCGUCAUGGACCUCACCGAACAAAUCAGGAAGAAGAAGGACUCUGUGUUGGCCGGGUUGCCUCAGAUGGAUGAUGACGAGUGCGCUCCCCUGUACAUGUGUUCGGAGAAGGACACGAUGGAUCUGCGGAAGCUGAUGUCGGCGCGCGGGGAUGCGACGAGGGAAUUGAGUCAGCAGGGGCUCUGGUUCUCUGUGCAGGCCAUGAACGGGGACGUGAAGCAGCUAAAGGAAUCGAACUGUCUGGAGGUGCGAGAGGUUCCUGUUGCCUACCGUCUUGGACUGAGCGACGUAAUCAUGCCGGGGGAUGUGCGGAACGACCUCUACGUCACCCUGCAGUCCGGGGAGUUCUCGAGGGGCGCCAAGACCUCGGACCGUAAUGUUGAGGUCACCGUGAGGAUAUGCGACCAAAGUGGAAGAGUUGUGCCUGGCGUCAUCCACCCCGGGUGUCGCGUGGGGCCCCUGAAUGAAUACCGCUCCGUCACCUACCACCAUGAGCCCAAACCUAAGUGGGCCGAGACGUUCAAGAUCACGCUGCCCAUCGACGAAUUUGAGAAGGACCACAUCAAGUUUACGUUCAAGCACAGGUCAACCAACGACGCCAAGGACAAGAGUGAGAGGCCGUUUGCUAUGUCGUUCGUCAAGCUGGUGCAGGACAACGGGACGACCCUGCAGAACACCAAGCAUGACCUGAUUGUCUACAAGAUUGACAACAAGAAGUGGACGGACUCAGACUACAGCUACUUGGGUCUCCAUUGGCAGCGGAAACCAGGGGAGGAGCUGGCGAAGUCUUGGCAACAUGGUAUCGCUCCCUCGCUCAAGGACUCCUUCACCAUCUCCACCAUUUUCUGCUCCACCAAGCUGACUCAGAAUGCCGAGUUGCUUCAGUUGCUGGAGUGGCGUCGGAUGGAGUCUAGCAGCGGCUCACGGCAGAACAACGCCAAGCUGGAGGCAUGUUUACAAGGUCUGGUGCGGGUCCCAAACGACGAGCUAAUGGUCUUCUUGCAGGACACUCUCGAUGUCUUGCUGGAUAUCCUCAUGAGCAACUCCUCGGGCGAUUACAGUGACAACCGUGUCUUCGAGGCCUUGGUGUACGUCAUCACCAUCGCCACAGAUAAGAACAAGCACGAGGCCUUUCAACCUGUUCUCGAGACCUACAUCCAGGAGAACUUCCACGCUAACCUCGCCUACAACAAACUCAUCUACGUCCUCAAGUAUUACGUGCAGGAGGGCGCCAAGCUGACAGACGACGACAAAGACCCCAGAAGGACAGACCCGUAUGAUAGGAGGUCCAUGGGGAGGAGGUCAGGGGAGGAGAAGGAGCUAGGGAGACGAGCGGAGUCCAUGGAGAUGAGGGAAGCGGCAGGAGGUGGCAGAGAGCAGGAGGUGAGGAACACUGAGUGGCAGGAGACGCUGAAGAAGGCCAUGAAGUGUCUCCCGUACCUCUUCCGCUUCAUCAUACGCUCCCGGGAACUGUUUGAGAACAUGAAGGAGCAGGGGAAGGAGGAAUUUGAGAAGAGCCUGGAGCAGCUUCUGGAGAGCAUGGCCGAGAUGAUGAAGAACACAAGCAACGCCACUCUGGUCAUACAGGCCCAGUGUCUGCGCUACAUCACCACAACCAUCCCCGUCAUCAUCACCAAGUUUGACCGCGUGAAGUUGAGCCAAAUCCUCACCAAGAUGGUCGACAACCUUAACAGCCAGCGCAUCCCCAAACAGCAGCUCUCCACCAUACGCGAGAUCGUCCACAGCGCACUCUUCCGUUUCCCCGAUUGCCGCCGCGUCCUCCUGCCGUGUUUCAUCAAGCAUCUCCGUCGCCUCAUGUCUUCCAAUGAUGAGCUCACAGGUACCGAUGUUGUGAUGCGCAAGGAACAAACAAAAAAGAAACUGCAGAAACUCCUUGCCCUCGCUACUGAUGUUGAGUUAGUAGAGGAACGCAAGAGGAUGGACGAGCUGGAACUCUGCGCCAACAUACUCGGGGACAUUCUGGACGUCCUGCGCAUGAUGGACAUAGGGCCGGUGUACGAGGAUGUGGGUCUGCUGUCCAUCCGAGUGCUGGAGGAUAUCCUGGCCAUCGUGGCGAGGCAAGGAGACAUCUCGCUGGGCCAGUACGUGAGCAUCCUGGUGUCGUUGCUGCGGCAGAUGGAGGACCGUCACUACCACACCUUCCUCAACCGCUUCGAGGACCCGGAACACCUCUCCUUCUUCCUGCUGGAGCUCCUCAAGGUCAUCAACAGGCUGGCCGAGCACCCCGUCUUCCCCUCCGACUGGGCCGAGAUGAUCCUCCUGCAGAACAAUGUGUUCGUGAAUGUGCUGAAGCAGUGCGCCAAGGUCAUCGAGGAGAAGCUGCUGGAGCCCUUCAAGGAGAAAGUGUGGAGUGAAUUCUUCAAAACAGCCAUCAACUUCACCGCUCAGCCGUCACUCCAGCUGGCGAACUUCACAUCAAACAAGAGGAACAAGAUCUUGACGCGUUACGGCGACAUGAGGCGAGAGAUUGCCCUGGUGGUGAAGUCUCAGUGGUCCAAACUGGAGGAGUACAAGAUCCAGUUCGUGCCAGGUCCAAGCUGCCAGACGUCAAUGGUUGGUCCGUUCCUGCGUAUGACCAUGUUGUCGGACACCGAGCUCCGCCGUGCCACCAUCCCCCUCUUCUUCAGCAUGAUGGUCUGUGAGUUCUAUUCCAUCGACGAGAAGGGGAAGGAGUCAGGGAAGGUCAAGCACCUGACUAACGAGAUGCUGGAGAAACUGGAUGAGCUGGUUGAGAUGGGCCAUGGGGACGAACACUAACGGGACCUCUUAAAGACGCUGAUCGGUAGCCUGUGCGAGAGCCACAAGUCGCUGCAGAAGAAGGGCAGCAAACUUGUCU